CCUACACCUCUCUGUACAGGCCUUAGGCUGCUCGCCUUAACAGUAGGCAGCUUUUCUUUCUUUCCGUCACGCCGCCUCCGUUAAUAGUAGUGAUUCUGCCCGUUACCCUCCCCUCUCUCUCUUACCUACCCUCUCACUCCCCCUCCUCCCGCUCUGAGUCUAGUCUCUCUCUCCUCCGUCUUUCUCCCUUCCCCUUCCCACCUGACGUUCAGUCACUGGCUCUUCUCAUUUCCCCCUCAGAUACUCUCUCUCCGUGUGUGUUAAACUUUUCCCCUUCCUGUCUUCAAUCUUUCUACUACUCACAUCUCCUCCUUCCCCUCUCACUUUGUGAAAAACCAUACAUUUUCUCGCGUCAAACUCUUAAUUAAUAUCUCCCGUCAAAUAUCAUGGGUCAGACCUUGUCCGAGCCUGUGGUCGAAAAGACUUCGGCUGAAGGUCAGGAUGAGUGUUGUAUAUACGGUGUCUCGGCCAUGCAGGGCUGGCGGAUCAGCAUGGAGGAUGCCCAUGCGGCCGUGCUAGACCUCCAGGCCAGGUUCUCGGAGCAGAACGACAACCCUACCGAUCCCGACAAACGCCUCGCAUUCUUUGGUGUAUACGAUGGACACGGUGGUGAUAAAGUAGCUUUAUUCGCCGGAGAGAAUGUCCACAAGAUCGUCGCAAAGCAGGAUGCGUUCGCUAAGGGCGAUAUUGAGCAAGCCUUGAAGGACGGUUUUCUUGCGACCGACCGCGCUAUCUUGGAAGAUCCUAAAUACGAGGAAGAAGUGUCUGGCUGCACUGCAGCCGUCAGCGUCAUUUCCAAGCACAAGAUCUGGGUGGCCAAUGCUGGUGACUCCCGUUCCGUGCUCGGUGUGAAGGGCCGCGCGAAGCCCCUAUCCUUUGAUCACAAGCCCCAAAAUGAAGGCGAGAAGGCCCGUAUUAGCGCUGCAGGCGGCUUCGUCGACUUUGGCCGUGUCAACGGCAACCUGGCCCUGUCCCGUGCCAUUGGAGAUUUCGAAUUUAAGAAGAGUCCCGAGCUGUCACCCGAACAGCAGAUCGUGACCGCUUACCCGGAUGUUACUGUUCACGACCUUACUGACGACGAUGAAUUCCUCGUUAUCGCUUGCGACGGUAUCUGGGAUUGCCAAACCUCGCAGGCCGUCGUUGAGUUCGUUCGUCGCGGUAUUGCCGCCAAGCAGGACCUCCACCGCAUCUGUGAGAACAUGAUGGACAAUUGCCUGGCUUCCAACAGUGAGACGGGUGGCGUUGGAUGCGACAACAUGACUAUGAUCAUCAUCGGUCUUCUGAACGGUAGGACCAAAGAGGAGUGGUACAAUCAGAUCGCUGAGCGCGUGGCCAACGGCGACGGCCCCUGCGCCCCGCCCGAGUACGGCAAGCCUCCAAUCCCAACUCCUACUGACUUACCGGGGGGAGCAGCUGAGUUCCGCGGCCCCGGCAUCCGUAAUCAGUUCGAAGAGAACCCCGAUGAGUAUGACGUGGAAAAUGAUCGUUCCCGUGGCUUCAGUGUACGCUCGGGCCGCAUCAUUCUCUUGGGCGAUGGCACAGAAUUGAUUCCGGAGCAGAACGAUGACGAGCUGUUUGACCAUACUGAGGAGGACCGGGACCUCGGCAAUCAGGUGCAGCAUGACUCUACUGACGCGGGACGGAGCGAUCGCGAAGGAACCCCUGGGCCACAAUCCAAGGAUAGCACCCCUAAGGCCGAUGAAUCUGCAACCAUCUCGCAGUCGCCGUCUACCACCGCGGAGAGCUCUUCCACCAGUGCCCAUGGAACGCCGCAGAAACCUACUAAUGUGUAG